AUGGUCAACUCCUGCUGUGGCUCUCCCUGCUGUGAGCAGGGCUGUGGCCAAGGCCUCUGCCAGGAGACCUGCUGCCAGCCCAGCUGCGGUGGUUCUAGCUGCUGUCGUCCCACCUGUUGUCAGACCACCUGCUGCCAGACCACCUGCUGCCGUCCCAGCUGCUGUGUGUCCAGUUGUUGCCGCCCCAGCUGUUGCCGCCCAGUCUGCUGCCAGACCACCUGCUGCCGCCCCAGCUGCUGCCGCCCAGUCUGCUGCCAGACUACUUGCAGCCAGACCACCUGCUGCCGCCCCAGCUGCGGUGUGUCCAGCUGUUGCCGCCCCAGUUGCGGUGUGUCCAGCUGUUGUCGCCCAAGCUGCUGCCAGACCACCUGCUGCCGCCCCAGCUGUGGUGUGUCCAGCUGUUGCCGCCCCAGCUGCUGCCAGACCACCUGCUGCCAUACAACUUGCUGUCGCCCUGCCUGCUAUAGACCCAGCUGCUGUGUGUCCAGCUGCUGCAGGCCCCAGUGCUGCACCUCCAGCUGUUGCUGCCCCAGCUGCUGUGUGUCCACCUGCUGCCGCCCUUCCUGCUGCCAGACCACCUGCUGUAGACCAGCGUGCUGCCACCCCAGCCACUGUGGGAGUUCUUGUUGCUGA